GCCUUUGCGCCGCUGCUAUCUGGAGUCGGUGCAACCGGCAUUUAUAAAUUGCUAUUUGAAAUUGGCUUUGGGUUAUUUCCCUAAACGCCGUGUGAAACCCGUGUGACGCUCCACGUGUCGAAUCAAUCGCCCCCCGGCAGAAGUAUCUCACAUCCAUAUUGAUGUUUCCCUAUUAGCACUCAGGAGGUCACCGGACUGACACUCACACAUAAAGGCCACAAUAAGACAUUCAACAGGACAUCAGAGGAGCGCUGAGGUUCAUGCAGAUUGCAUUGAUCCUCAUGCCGUGGGAAUUGGCGUGAAACUUACUGCUGGUGAAACUUCUUCAUGUUCUCUCUUUAGGUGAAUAAACAUGAAUUAAAACUGAAACGGUCGCCGCUGUGGAAGCGCUGGCCUCACGGGUCCAUCAACACGGUUAAACUUUAAAUAAAAUGAGCAUCUGUCCAUCUGCAGCUGUACCGUCAAGUUUGCAUUUCAACAUAAAAUAGAAAUGCGCUUCUUUUUAACCUAUCAAAAUAAAAGUCAGAUUGAACUAUAAAGAGGAAGUAGAUUAAAACGUCUAGAAAUUAUUCAAACAAUACAAUAGGCAAAAGGCAGAUACAACAAUACAAAACAAUAAACCUCUCAUGGGGUUAUUUACAGUGUGCAUUGUAAUCUCUGAACACGAGAAGUAAUGAUUGACGUAUUUGUAAUAUUGAUAUUAUGGUGGGAACAAAAACAUGCACAUGUAUGGACACAUCUAGACAACUUUUUAUGAAUACAAUGUUUUUAUUUAUUCUAUUCUCAACCAAAACUAACGAGUAACUCGUAUGAUUUCGUCAAAUAAUCGAUUAGUUGGUUUAAUUAAUUCUGUCGUUGCCAGAGAUGUGGAAACAAGUGAUUCAGCAUGAAAAGCAAAAUAAUAUUAAAGAAAUGUUAUUUAAAUAACACCAAAAAUGAACCGAGGACCUCCUGUUAAACACAUGUGACCCAAGUCUUCUUCACUCUCCUUGAAGAACAACCCAAAUGCAUUAAUAGAACCAUGUGCACACUUACAUUUACCUUUAUUUAAACUGAACUAUUAUCCAUUAAUCCUAUUAAUUCUCUUCUGUGCUGAGACAGAAAGGGUCCGAGCCGUCCACCAGAACUACUUUCACAGCGGUUUAUAAAUAAAUGAUGUCACACAGCUUUGUAGAACGUCUAUUUUUAAUCUCGUUAAAGUCCAAACUUUAAAUAGGACAAAGCACAACGGUUUCCACUCUAAUUAUUACUGGAGUCUUCAAAUGAGCAAUAUAUGGAAAUAUGAGACAUCUUUUCAAAUGGACUCGUCAGUGAAUGAAGUUGAGACCCCGGCGUGACUUCGCCGCUAGAAAAACCCUCACGCAACUUUUAAUAUAACAUGAGCGCCUGAGGGGAACGCCGCUUCUCUCGUAUUGAUCGUAUUGAGUCUAAGGCCCCGUUUACACGAUGGGAAAACGCAUAUAUUUUCAUGCGUUUUGGCCUUUCAUUUACACAAAAACGGAGGUUUUAUCACGGAAAACGAUCAUUUCUAAAAACUCCGGCCAAAGUGGAGAUUUCUGAAAACUCCGUUUUUGUGUUUGCGUGUGAACUAGGUCAAACGGAGUUUUAGGUUGUCAAACGUCACAGUAUGCGACUAAAAAUGCUUCACGUCAUGUGAGCGUCCUAUGUUUACAAUUGUUUGGCCGCUCCUACCAGGGUUGCCAGGUCUGUGACAAAACCAGCCCAAUAUCAGAACUCAAAAUAUGCCCGUGCCAAACCAUAUACACUGCUUUUAAAGUGUGUGUAUGUGGACGUGUCCAAUGUCCAUGUGUGUACGUGCUGAUCUGGAGUCAGUUUGGUAGGAUUUGUGUAUAAAUAAAUUAUUUCAUUUAAAAUAUGGAUUUUUAUUUAAAGAUAUUCAUGUAAUUUGCAUGCAAAAUAGGUCUACCCGAACCAGCGGACAACAAAUUCAACCCGCGGCAACACUUCAAAAGUAGCCCAAUUCUGCGGGAAAACCGCGAACCUGGCAACACUGCUCCUACGUCCAGUGUCGACUGCCUUCAUUUUCGUUGUCAGGUGCGCCCGAGUUAUUUCCUCCUUGACAUGAGGAUAUUCCUCGGAGGUCUCGAGUCCGGAGAAUUCUGAUUGGUUUGCAUGUCUUUAUCCUUCUCGUUACACUGCCAACUACAGGUUUGGCAUAGUUAUGAUGGCGCCCGGGGGCGUAUUUAUGCGGGUUCAUAUAAACAGAAACUUUUUUGAAAACGUCCAUGUGUGUACAACGUUGUUUUUGAAAACGGAGGGGCAGAAACAUUCGUUUCUGUAAAUACCCGGCUAUGUGUAAACGUGGCCUAAAUGUCUCCUGGUUGAUUUCUCCUUUUAUAUUUGUUUUCUGUAUCACAGUUUGAGUUUAGGGUGUCACGGUGUGAGUUUAGGGUGUCACAGUCUGAGUUUAAGGUGUCACAGUUUGAGCUUAAGGUGUCACGGUGUGAGUUUAGGGUGUCACGUUGUGAGUUUAUGGUGUCACGGUGUGUGUUUAGGGUGUCACAGUUUGAGUUUAAGGUGUCACGGUGUGAGUUUAUGGUGUCACGGUGUGAGUUGAAGGUGUCACGGUGUGAGCUUAAGGUGUCACGGUGUGAGUUUAGGGUGUCACGGUGUGAGUUUAUGGUGUCACGGUGUGAGUUUAAGGUGUCACAGUUUGAGCUUAAGGUGUCACGGUGUGAGUUUAGGGUGUCACGGUGUGAGUUUAGGGUGUCACGGUGUGAGUUUAGGGUGUCACGGUGUGAGUUUAUGGUGUCACGGUGUGAGUUUAAGGUGUCACGGUGUGAGUUUAAGGUGUCACGGUGUGAGUUUAAGGUGUCACAGUUUGAGCUUAAGGUGUCACGGUGUGAGUUUAGGGUGUCACGGUGUGAGUUGAAGGUGUCACGGUGUGAGUUUAUGGUGUCACGGUGUGAGUUGAAGGUGUCACGGUGUGAGUUGAAGGUGUCACGGUGUGAGUUUAUGGUGUCACGGUGUGAGUUUACGGUGUCACGGUGUGAGUUUACGGUGUCACGGUGUGAGUUGAAGGUGUCACGGUGUGAGUUUAUGGUGUCACGGUGUGAGUUUAAGGUGUCACGGUGUGAGUUUAAGGUGUCACGGUGUGAGUUUAUGGUGUCACGGUGUGAGUUUAAGGUGUCACGGUGUGAGUUUAAGGUGUCACGGUGUGAGUUUAUGGUGUCACGGUGUGAGUUGAAGGUGUCACGGUGUGAGUUUACGGUGUCACGGUGUGAGUUUACGGUGUCACGGUGUGAGUUUAAGGUGUCACGGUUUGAGCUUAAGGUGUCACGGUGUGAGUUUAGGGUGUCACGGUGUGAGUUGAAGGUGUCACGGUGUGAGUUGAAGGUGUCACGGUGUGAGUUUACGGUGUCACGGUGUGAGUUUACGGUGUCACGGUGUGAGUUUACGGUGUCACGGUGUGAGUUUAAGGUGUCACGGUGUGAGUUUAAGGUGUCACUGUGUGAGUUGAAGGUGUCACGGUGUGAGUUGAAGGUGUCACGGUGUGAGUUGAAGGUGUCACGGUGUGAGUUGAAGGUGUCACGGUGUGAGUUUACGGUGUCACGGUGUGAGUUUACGGUGUCACGGUGUGAGUUUACGGUGUCACGGUGUGAGUUUACUCCGUUGGGAAAUUGCAACGGAGACGUGACAGACUCGUGUUCUAUGGUAGAAGUAGGUGGUUACAGUCUUAGAUCUGAGCUCAUAUUAAUGACUGUGAUCUGACGUCAUGACGGUGAGAGAUGGAGUGUGUAUGACGUGUGGACCGUCACCAUGAGGUCAGAGGCUGAGCUCUGGGGAUAAAAACAAAGUUUAAUCCUUCCAACUGCUCUCCCUCCGCUGGGCAGGCCUCGUCGAGGUGGUACUGAGCACCCUCUCCGAGGCUGCACCCGUCUACCUGGAUGGAGAGGUGCAUGCUGGGAGGAACAACAGCCACCUGG